UGUCGAGCGCCGUGGACUUGUGGCUGUGAAAAUUUCCUUUUCCAAGGCUUUUUACUAUUUUGAAAUACACAUGGUUAUCUUUAUUUUGGUGAUUGUUUCUUUAAAUAACAGAUAAGAAAAUUCGGCAGAAUUAUGAUCAGUGCUGUGAUUUGAUAAAGUGAUAGUGCAGUUUUGGAGGUAAAAUGCCCGCUUCCAUUUGCGAUCCAGUAUCAAGCGCAUUGCGUUUAUCUCUUACAGCAGAUGAAUCGCAAAGUUCUUCUUUGUUGGACAGCAGAAUAUAUUCUUCUGCUAAAAGUGUUCUCCUGACGAAAAUAGACUUUGAAGAAUCAGGGGACUUUCAGAGUAAUGUUCUUGACGGGUUGAAGUCUAAGUACGUGGUGAUUCGACCUAAAAAAACAGUGCUAGAAAGUAAAAUUCUUAAAAAAGAAGGAUCUUCUAGUAAUCAGACAACAGAUGGUAAUAAACAUGGUGAAGAAGGACUACCUAAACCCAAAAGGGUUCUUUUUCCUGUUGAAAAAGUGCAGUUGGGAUGGCAAAGUGCAUGGGCUGCAGGAGCUGGCAUGCAGAAUGUGGGAAACACAUGCUACCUCAACUCCACACUGCAGGCACUCUUCCAUGUGCCUGCUUUAGCUAAUUGGUUGGUCUCAGAAUCAGGGCAUGCUGAAAAAUGUAACCAACAAGAAGCAUGUGUAAUAUGUGGGAUGCGUGCUACAUUGAUGGCAACUCAAAAAAGUGGAGGAGCACCUAUUAAACCCUGGCAAGUUUAUUCCAAGUUACGUCUUAUUUGCAGACAUUUAACACCAGGUCGCCAAGAGGAUGCCCAUGAAUUUUUGAGAUACCUGGUAGAAGCAAUGGAAAAAUGUUACCUGUCACGUUUUGUGAAUUCAGACAAGUUGGAUCAAUAUAGCAAGGAAACAACACCUAUGAACCAAAUAUUAGGUGGCUAUCUGAGGUCUACAGUUCGGUGCUUGGCUUGCCAUCACCUAUCAACCACUUAUCAGCAUUUCCAGGAUUUGCUUCUGGAUAUUAGAAAACAUUCAACAUUAGAUGAAGCACUUGACUCCUUUUUCUCAAGGGAGAGAUUAGAAGAUUUGGGAUACAAAUGUGAAGCAUGUAAUAAGAAGGUGUCUGCCACAAAACAGUUUUUCAUUGAACGGGCCCCUAUGGUGUUAUGCAUUGCAUUGAAAAGGUUUUCGCUGACAGGAGGCAAGCUUUCAAAACAUGUUCAAUUUAGAAAAAAGAUAACACUAAAUAAAUAUAUCUACAACAAAAACAACAAUCAACAGCUGUCAUACAAGUUGGUGAGUUUAGUGACUCAUCUUGGUCCGUCGCAAAAUUGUGGACAUUAUACAGCAAUUGGACAGGCACCAAAUAGUAAUUAUUAUCAGUUUGACGACAGCUGUGUGAGACCACUACCUUUGUCAGCCGUUCUCGGAACAAACGCUUACAUAAUGUUUUUUGAAAAAGACAACAGCACUGAAGACACCUCCGUCCCCACCGCAUCCACUUCCAGUGCCGUGUACGGCCCUCAAUUACCAGAUAGUAUUAUAAGCAGGGAAAAGAGCCCUCUCAAACUAACAUUUUAUAGAAACGAUGAAAGAAAACCAAUAGUCCUCAACAGCACAUCCACCGAGGCUAAUCAAUCUGAAAAUAAACCGAUAAUCUUGAACAGCACACUGAGCAAGUCAUCGGAGUCCAGCAACUCCAACAGCGAACCCUGGGUGGUCAAACAGAACGGGGAGGUGGAGAAAGUGGUUCAAGCUCCUAAAAUAUUGAACGGAAUCGAGAAGAGCAAUUUUAAACUCGAUGAGGAUAAGAAAAUAAGUUUCGUAAUCAAGAGGCAGAACGGGGAGGAGAAAUCGAAAGCGAAAGAGUCGGAAGCCAGGUCGAGCAACGGCGUCGCGAAGACUCCGGAGAAGGCGUCGACGAGCAAGCUGGUGCGGCCGCCGAAGUCGCCGCUGGAGAAACUGGAGGAGCAGAUGAACCGCAGCGACUCGUCGAGUGGCUCGCGCGCGCGCCUCGUGCCCUACGACUCGGAGUCCAGCGGCGACGAGGCGCGCCCGCGCCGCCCCAAGCCCAGCCGCUGCCGCUCGCCGCCCGGGCUCGUCGUCACCACCAAGGGCAUGCACCACGCCUGGACCGUCUCCAGCGAGAAGAGCGGCCCGCUGCUCAGCCCCAGCCUCAACGGCGUCACCAACAAAAAGGUGAAAGAAAAGGAGGAAAACGAGCAGAGUCCGAACACGAGCGUCAGUAGCAUGUCUCCGCUCAGCGACCGCAGCUCGCCCGCCGCCGCGCCCGCUCCCGCGCCCGCGCCCGCGCCCGCGCCCGCUCCCGCCAACGCGCCCGCGCCGUCCUUGCUGCCGGGCGAGGCGGCGCGCCACCUCAACACGUUAUCUCACCGCGGCUACGGCGCGCCCGUUGCCUCCUGGAAUGGAACCCACAGCGCCAUGUCCAGACAGGUGUUCGAGGAGAAGCGCGACGAGCGGAAGCGCGCUCUGGAAGCGAGCGACGAGAUGGACCGCGGCCGCAGCAAGAAGGUCAAGAAGUUCCACCACUACAACCGCUUCAACAACAAUAGGAAUGGAUACAACCCCUUCCAGGAAAAGCAAAACAAACCCCAUUGGGGAGGAAACUUCAAGUAUCGGAAUGAGCGCCGUCCACCGCACCACUUCAAUAAACAUCACAACAAUAAGUACAACAAAAGAUUCAACCGGUACAGCAAUGGGCAUCACUACCCGAGGCAUCAUUGACCCAGGUCAAACAUAGUCCUUCUAAGGUGUAUAUAGAUACUCUGGACAUAAUUAUUAGCUAAUCUUCUAAUAGUCAUGCAUAGUGAUAAUUGCAACAUGUAUAUUCAUAUAAAAAAUUGCUGCCGCGUCAAAUGAAUAACUAGCAGCCUGACCAUUGAUGCAUGUUAUAAAAAAACAAAACGUUCGUCAAUAUACUGCCAAACAGCCUUUCCAUACCGCAUAAACGCAAAAAAUAAAAUAAAAUAUAUACAUGAUAAUAUACAAUUUACGUGUUUAUACAUAUUAUUCUUGUUUAUUCACGGUUUGCAUUUGAAAUGCAGUGAUAACUCCUAGUUUGAUGAUUUAUUGAUUUACUUAUUGAUGUAAAUUGUGCAGGCAAUAGCCGUCGUAUUGUCUAAUCGGGUUUGUCCUGUGACUUUUUGCAUUUGAAUAAUGUCUCGGUUUUAAUGAGAAAUAUUGACUGCAAGGUUUAACUUCUUAGUUGUGUAGUUGUUUUUUUUAUUAUUAUGUAAUUAUUUCCUGAACAUGGCUUGUUUGUUACCUUUUAUGAAACAUGGUUAUCAAAGGUAAUGAACAUUAUUAUGAAUAUGCCGGUCUGAGGUCUUACUUGUUGAUACUUUCCGUAUAAUAUUGGGACGUUAAUCAAACUAUCUGGCAUUGAUUCAUUAUUAAUUUUAGUGUAGUGAAAUAUUAAAAAAAUAAUAGUCAAACUUUUGAAAACAUAAAAUUAAAGCUCUAUCUAGAUGUAGGCUUUUCGUCAAUCCCUUCUCGUUAGUCCCUACAGCUAUAAUAAUUGUUAUUGGUUCCAUUUUAUAAUCAUGUACUUCUUGUCUAUUUGUUACUUCAUUCAGCAUGGAAGUAUAGGACAUACUACCGGUUGUUGAAUGAAAUACUAAACAUUGCUCGAUUUCCGGCAAUGUUACGGGAACUGAAAUAACCUCGUAGUAUGUCUACACUGAAAAUACCAUUAUAAAAUUACUGUAAUAUAACAUUUCUCUAUUAUAAUACUAUUCACAAUAUAUUUAAAUUAAAUUUAUUAAUAGAAAUUCAAAAUUAUCCAAUUCGGUACAAUUAAGGUACUUGUCUUAUUUUCCUCGUUUGCAAUUUUGUUUCUUUUAAUUCAGAUUUACCUAUGUUUGUUUUAUUUUGAAUUUUCUUUGCCAGAAAUAAGAUUGUGAUUUAUAUGUUUAAUUGUUGUAAAUGGUUAUAAUGGCAAGAUGUUCACGUUAUGCGAGGUUUUCUUUUAGAUGAGUAGGCCACCCCAUUGGAAUAAAUCCAACACGACAACGCAGUUAAGAGCAUUUUAAAAAGAACAGUUAUAUUUUAAUGUUAUUUUAUUUGUACUGUACUAUACGACCUUGGUUUAGAGAUAGAUUUAAGUAUUUUAUUUCGAUUACAUUCUUCAGACCCGUGACCGUUUCUAAAAAAUUGGGCACCAUUAUCAUCUGAUACGUUUGGUAGUUAAGUAUACCUAAGUUUAAUGAAUGUGUAUUUGAAUUUAUUAGAAUACAUUUGUUGCACAGAUAUACGCGUCACUCGCGUGCUGCGAUGACGAGCAUAGCGGUAUUGACUUUGUCUUAUUCAAUUAAAAUAGAGAUAUUUUAUAACCGAAAUAAUUAGCAGUAAGUUACACACGUUGUUAACGAGAGACUUGUUUAUUAUGCGUAAUUAAAAGUAUUUAGCGGUGAAUCGUCUCAAUACUUCAUCAAUACUUAAUUCAUAUUAGUUGAUUAACCUGGGAUUUCUGAAUUUUAGCUCGAGCGUGCUGAUCAUAAUAUGAUCAUAAUAAAAUCUUAAUUCAGAAACCGGGAGUAAGAAAUAUUUCGCUUUGCUAUUCGUAUGUACGAAUUUGCGGGAAAUUCAGAAAUAGGUUAGGUUCUCUUGCACACUGAAUUAUACGGCCCAGUAUGAACGGUAGCCAAAGGUAAUACAAUAAAUAUUAUCUCUUGGCUAUUGAUUCUGUCCACUGGCCGCAAGACAUCUGCUGGGUUGACAGCAGAACUGGGAAUGCGCAGACGCUUCGAUGGUGAAGGAUCAUGGCCGUCUUGUCAAACUCUUGAGAAAAAUGAUGAGUUGGCACUAAAAUGUCAUUAUACGUGCACAGUUUUAGUGCCG